AGACAAGCCCCAUCUCGACCCAGGCAUCCCGGAGCGCAAGACCUUGCGAUGAUGUAUGCAUCGUGCCGAUGAGCCUGUGGUGCUUUUAAAUAUCCUACGCCGCUUGCAAUUGACUUUGGGUGAUUCUGGCACUACCCCCUCUUGCACCAAUCUUAACUUGAGCUCACGCGACAUAUCUCUCUCCAUCUUGACCAACUUUGCCCUUGCCCUUAUGCGAUAAGUAGACCAGUCAUGUUUCGAUCCACGAGACCUCUGAUCCGCCAGCUCAGGCCAACGCCUUUCGCGAAGCCCACGUCUUCGACACCCUCGCUGGCGCUGGGUUUGGCCAAACAGAAGCCAUUGGUCCUUGCGCAGUCCACUAGAUUCGCUAGUAACGAUGGCAAGCGCAGUCAAGAGGACCAGCCACCACCGAAGCGAGAAAUUGACUACGAAGCCGAGCGCAAGGUUGCGCAGCAGAAACUACAGCCUGACACUGAGUCUGUCUCGGUGGACAGCACUACGCGUGCAAAGUUCGAUGGAUUGCCAGAGGGAGGUGGCUCGGCUAACCCCAAUGUCAACGACGGGCUGAGGCAUGAUCUUGGAAUCGUCAAGGACGCCUUCCGCUUGAGCAAGAUCCCCAAAGAGUCGCACAUCCUGGGGCUCGCGGGCACUGUCCCUUACCUCGCAACAUCUCUCUCGACAAUUUACCUGGGCUGGGACCUAUCGCAAACCGUUCCCAGUGGCAGUUCAUUCAAGGACUCCAUCAUGAUAAACCACGAAACAGCGCAGUGGCUUCUGCAUAACAUUGAGCCAGUCCAGUUGGGCUACGGCGCCGUCAUCAUAUCUUUCUUGGGUGCCAUUCACUGGGGUCUCGAGUACGCUGAAAAGGGACCAUCAUACCCUCGAACCCGAUUUCGAUACGCAAUGGGAGUAAUCGCGCCCGUCGUCGCGUGGCCCACACUGCUCAUGCCCAUUGAGUAUGGUCUGACAGCCCAGUUUGGCGCCUUUGUUGGACUUUACUUUGCCGAUCUCCGAGCAUCGACCCGUGGCUGGGCGCCACGUUGGUACGGACAGUACCGUUUCCUACUCACAGCCAUGGUUGGACUGGCUAUCUUUGUAUCCCUGGUCGGCCGGUCGCAGAUUGAAAAGUACGAGCGUCUUGGGGGUGAUCACCUGCGGGAGAACAUCACCCGCACAGGUAUCGCCGACACAACGACCAAUUGGGAGAAGGUAGAGCUCGAGGAGAAGAAGAAGAUCAAGGCUGAGGAGGAGCGUAAGAAGCAGGAGGAGGCGAAGAAGAAGAAGACCGCAGAUGGAAACGGCAAGAAGGCGGAUAAGGCGCAAAAGGACAAUGAUGGUACUGCGGACAAGAACGACAACGAGAAGUCAGAUGCGACCAAGGAGGAUGAUAAGAGUUCGGAGGAUAAGUCGGAUGACAAGAAGGACAAGGACAGCGAGUCCAAGUGAGCGCCAUCCAUCUCAGUAUUAUUUAGCAGGCGUUCUGGCGCAACACACAUAUAGUUGCAAUCUAUCGAUGGUACUCUUGGGCCUCCAUGUUGUAAAAUCUUUGAGUACCUUCUCUUGAAAAUGUCGGGAACGUGAGUGUAAACACCAUUUGAUCCAAGGAUGUAGCUGUCUUUGACACGGCCGCACCUCGUCUCAGCACCACACUGGAUGAUUCGGUAGCGGUCGGCGAUUGUGCUCAU